AACAUCUUACCGCGAUACUUGUGCUUUAAAACGUCGAUCGAGCCCAACAUGUCAGGGAAAGACCGAAGUAGCUGGUAAUGCGCUGAAACGAAGUGCUUUUCUGGGAACAAGAAAACAACCUAGUUUGGAAUAUAUAGCUAUAUCUAUUGGGAGUCAAACUUACGCUGUUCGCUGACAGUGCUCCAAAACAGCUUGUAGCUUCAUCAACCCUGGGCUCGCUUGAAACAUUUAGCGACGCUCCCUGCAUCCUCUGCGACUAGUCGCGCAUUAACGAUAGCAAUUAGCUCGUAGCUAAAUAUUUCACACCCCAGGGGCCAGGAUGCGAGAGGAUUCUUUGUGAGGAACGACCCCAUCCACGUGCCAUGUCUUUGGUUUUCCCUCGACCCAACACCAACGCAGUACACGGCAAGAAGGAUAAGAGACUGAUGGCGGAAGUGAACGCAUCGCCGCUCAAGCAUUUUGUCACGGCAAAGAAGAAGAUCAACGGGAUCUUUGAACAGUUGGGGGCCUACAUCAAGGAGAGCGCUUCCUUUCUGGAUGAUACGUACAAAAAUGAAGAGCUGGACCCAGUCGCCACAGAGGAGCAGGUCCAGGAAGUCCAGGGCUACCUGGCCAAGGUGGCAGGGAUUGGAGAAGUACUUGCACGCAGGCAUAUGAAGGUGGUCUUCUUUGGGAGGACGAGUAAUGGGAAGAGCUCAGUGAUCAAUGCCAUGCUGUGUGACAAGGUGCUGCCGUCUGGAAUAGGACACACCACCAACUGCUUCCUGAGGGUGGAGGGCACCGAUGGCAACGAGGCCUUCCUGCUCACGGAAGGCUCCGAGGAGCGGAAGAGCAUAAAGACGGUGAACCAGCUGGCCCACGCGCUCCACCAGGAUGAGGACCUGGACGCCGGCAGCUUGGUCUGCGUCAUGUGGCCUAAAGCCAAGUGUGCUCUGCUCAGGGAUGAUCUGGUGUUGGUGGACAGCCCAGGGAUAGAUGUUACCACAGAACUGGACAGCUGGAUUGACAAGUUCUGCCUGGAUGCUGAUGUGUUUGUUCUGGUGGCAAACUCGGAGUCCACGCUGAUGCAGACGGAGAAGUCUUUCUUUCACAAGGUCAACGAGCGGCUCUCCAGUCCCAACAUUUUCAUCCUCAACAACCGCUGGGAUGCCUCAGCCUCAGAACCUGAAUACAUGGAGGAGGUCCGCAGGCAGCACAUGGACCGCUGCACCAACUUCCUGGUGGACGAGCUGGGUUUGGUGGACCGAGCCCAGGCCAGCGACCGCAUCUUCUUCGUCUCUGCCAAGGAGGUCCUUCAGGCUCGUGUGCAGAAGGCCCAAGGAAUGCCUGAAGCAGGUGGCGCUCUUGCAGAGGGAUUUCAAGCCCGAAUGUUUGAGUUUCAGAACUUUGAGAGGCGAUUCGAGGAGUGUAUCUCGCAGUCAGCGGUGAAGACCAAAUUUGAGCAGCACACUGUGAGGGCCAAGCAGAUCUCUGAAGCCCUGCGCCGCAUUAUGGAUUCAGUGCACAUUGCUGCACAAGAGCAGAGGUUCUACUGCCUUGAGACAAAAGACGACCGUCAGGAACGAUUGGAAUUCAUAGACAAGCAGUUGGACUUGUUGACCAUGGACUGUAAGGCCAAGAUCAAGAAGAUUACUGAGGAGGUGGAGAGACAGGUGUCUAACGCCAUGUCGGAGGAGAUCAGGAAGCUCCAUGUGCUGGUGGAUGACUUCCACCUGGACUUCCACCCGUCACCAGUGGUACUCAAGGUCUACAAGAAUGAGCUCCACCGGCACAUAGAGGAGGGUCUGGGCAAGAACAUGUCCGAGAGGUGCUCCACCUCCAUCACCAGUUCCCUGCAGGCCACACACACCGACAUGAUCGAGGGCCUGAAGCCUCUGCUGCCCAACCCGGUCAGAGAGCAGGUAGACAAGCUGGUUCCCCGUCAGUGCUUCAGCCUCAGUUAUGACCUGGCCUGUGACAAGCUGUGCAGUGACUUUCAGGAGGACAUCAGCUUCCACUUCUCUCUGGGCUGGACCAUGCUGGUCAACCGCUUCCUGGGCCCCAAGAACACCCGGCGGGCCCUCAUGGGCUACAACGACCAGGUGCCCAGGCCCCUGGCCCUGACUCCUGUCAGCAGCAGCAUGCCUCCAUUCCCCCAGAGCUCUGUCACCCAGGAGGAGCUCAUGGUCUCCAUGGUGACUGGGCUGGCUUCCCUUACCUCUCGUACCUCCAUGGGUGUCCUUGUGGUUGGCGGCGUGAUCUGGAAGGCGGUGGGCUGGCGUCUGAUCGCCCUGUCAGUGGGUCUGUACGGCCUCCUCUACAUCUACGAGCGGCUCACCUGGACCACCAAGGCCAAGGAGAGAGCCUUCAAGAGGCAGUUUGUGGACUACGCCAGUGAGAAGCUGCAGCUCAUCGUCAGCUACACCGGAUCCAACUGCAGCCACCAAGUCCAGCAGGAGUUGGCAGGUGUGUUUGCUCAGCUCUGCCAGCAGGUAGACGUCACCCGCCAGAACCUGGAGGACGAGAUCACGGACAUGAACAGCAAGAUGGAGCUGCUGGACAGCCUUCAGAGUAAGGCCAAGCUGCUGCGGAACAAGGCGGGCUGGCUGGACAGCGAGCUCAACAUGUUCACCCAGCAGUACCUCCACCACAGCAAGUAGAGCACCCAGAGGAUGGGGCUGAGAGACUGAGAAAUACCAGAGGAACAUCUGGAACACCUGCCGAACCCCCCUCCCCCCUCCCCCCUCGUAGAUGACACACUUCUGUAUUUAGAAGUUAAUGAGAGGAAAUACUCCACAAUGUUGUGAAGAGGAGAAAGGGAUGGUUUGAUGUGAGAGGAAGAGUUACCUGGUGGCUGAGACGGCGAUUUACGUGGACCUGAUCUCCGGUUGGGUGUCCUGUGCUCAGCUGGACACAAAACUAAAAAGUGAAUCAGCUAUUAUAUAUAGGCCACAACACAAAUUAUUAAAUGG